AUGAUUACAGUUCCAUUAUAUCCAAAUUCAGUACAUAUACCAAUGAUUAGUAUUGGAUGUUGUAAAUCAAAAUUUGAUUCAACAUAUCCAAUUCAUUUAAAUGGAAUAAUUAGUAAAGAAGAUUUUCAUCAAUCAAUUUCUAGAAUUAAUCGUACAAUUUUAUCAAACAAAAUUUUAAUAUUUCUUUCAAUUAUUUUCUGUUUGAGUAUAAUGGUUGGAAUAAUAAUAUUUCAUCAUUUAUCAUAUGAAUUUCUUACAAUUGGAAUUAUUUUGAUUAUUUCUGAAUCCAUUCUUUUGAUUAUUGGAUGUUAUAUAAUAAAACUUCAACGUAUUAGACGAAUGCGACAUGCAAUUUCUAAAGAAUCAAUGAUAUAUUCAUCGAGAUCACCGAUACCAUGUAGUUGGAGAUUAGAUACAAUGACACAUUUUGUUGGAAGAUAUGGAAUUUAUCGUAACAAUCAUCUAGGUUAUCAUUUAGUUAUCGAUAUUGGUCGCACUACUGCUUCCGAAAGUGUAGUAUAUUAUUCUAAUCAAGAUGUUCCUGAUCCAACAUCGGUUAUUGGACGACAUAAUAUUACAGCACCUCCACCAUAUUCUGAUCAGUCUGCUAUAGAAUUUUGUUCUCGAUGUGGUACAUCAAGACAAGAUCUAACAGGCAAAUUUUGUUCACCAUGUGGACAGUCAUUCAAUACAUGCUAA